GUUCACUUCUAGCAGAGGGGGUUUACCUAGAGUAUCCCUAAACUCUAAGAAUGUUGGAUCUCUGGGUAUUCUUCGUGCUAGGCCUUCUACUGGUUUCCUCUAAUGCAGCUUUGAUAGAGAAUACUGGAAAAUCUAAUAAUUCAUCAAAAACAUGUUUAGAAAACCAGUUUAAGUGCCUGGAUGGGAUUUGUCUUCCCCUCUCUAAAAAAUGUGAUGGAAUCAACGACUGCUUUCUAAAUGAAGAUGAAUCUGUAUGUGAUUUCUGUGAACCUGGAACUUUUCAUUGCAAGAACGGGCAUUGUAUUAGCACUGCCUGGGUGUGUGAUGGACAUGAUGAUUGUUUUGAUUUUUCCGACGAACAGAACUGCACCAAGACUGAAUCGGCUGUAAGGGAAGAAGUAUCCUGCCCAAAUGGACAGUUUAAAUGUGCUGAGGGUCUCUGUAUGCUCCCUGAAUGGUUGUGUGAUGGUCAUGAUGACUGUAUUCAUGGUGAUGAUGAACUUCCAGCAAACUGCCCGGUUCAACAGAUUAAGAAUUGCACUGAUAAGGAAUUCACUUGUGAGCCUGGAAUUUGUAUACCUCACAGAUGGGUUUGUGAUGGUGCCAAGGACUGUAAAAAUGGAAAGGAUGAAGGAACUCACUGUGGAGAUUAUAGAGAAGAUUGUGAUUUAAAGAAGGGAUUGUUCAGAUGCGGUAAUAAAACUUUAGCCAGAUGUCUGGAUGUUAAGCAUGUUUGUGAUAAUAUACCUCAAUGUCCAAACAGAGAAGAUGAAGGUGAAUUCUGUAAAAAACCCGGUUGCUCAAGUUUGCCUUGUUCUCAUCAAUGUAUAGAAUCACCUCAAGGUCCCAGCUGCUUUUGUCCAGAAGGAUUAACUUUGUCUGAGUCGGGUCAUGACUGCCUUGAUAUUGAUGAGUGUAAGGAGUAUGGUAAAUGUAGCCAGAUAUGUGUUAAUACCUACACCAACUACACCUGUAGCUGUACUGAUGGUUACAAGAUGAUCAAUGGUUCCUGCCGAGUGGCUGAGGCAGAUGUAAUUAUCUACUUAUCUACUGAAAACUCUAUAAGAAGCUACAAUACUAGGAAGAAUAUUUAUAAGUCUAUAGUGGAAAACCUUAACCAUGUUAUUGGAGUAGGAUAUGAUGGAGUUGAGGAUAAAGUUUACUGGACUGAUGUUAGUAUUGGUAAAGAGCAGAUUGAGUCCAUCAAGACUAAUGGUCUUGAUCGCAAGCUUUUGUUGAAAGGAGGGUUGGACAUGCCUGAAGAUAUUGUUGUUGAUGAAGUAGGAAGAAAUUUCUACUUUUCAGAUUCUCAGAAAGGUCAUAUUGUUGUAUGCAAACUAGACGGGUCAAUUUGUGCUAUCAUUGAGGCUGAAAAUGAGAACCCCAGAGGAUUGGCAAUCCAUAAUCGGGAGAAAGUACUCUUUUACUCAGACUGGGGGAAAAACCCUAUGAUAGUAAGGAUAGGAUUGGAUGGAUCAAACAGGAAAAAUCUUAUCACGAACAAGCUUCACUGGCCCAAUGGGGUGGCCAUUGAUCAAAUAUCAGACAGGAUUUACUGGUCGGAUGCAAAGCUGGAUAUCCUGGAAAGUGCUGAUAUUAAUGGAAAUGAUAGAAGAGUAGUUCUGCAAGAAAUUGACAUGCUGCAUCCUUUUAGUCUUGCCAUCUUUGAAGACACCCUAUAUUGGUCAGACUGGACUGGAGGCAUGCUCAUGAGUUGCAACAAAUUCACGGGAAAGAACAAAGAAAUUAUCAUUAAGGAGAUGGGUAUGAAGAUAAUGGGUAUCUCUGCAUACCACCCUUUAGUAGGCGCAAACAGUAACAAUCCCUGUAAAGGUCAUCAAUGCUCUCAUCUCUGCUUGCCAAAGCCUAAGUCAGUAUCAGCCACGGAAGGAAAAAUCACAUGUGCUUGCCCUGCAGACAUGGUGCUCCAAACUGAUAGACGCACAUGCAAAUCUAGCACCACAAAUGCAUUGGUAGUUUUUGUCGAGGACAAGAUUUUCACCCUAAAGCCCCACAAGCUCACAAAAUCCUCAUUUGAAUAUGUUGGUGAAGCCAAAAGUCAAAUUGAAAGUCUAACCACUAAUUCUAAAACUGGCGAUAUAUUUGCCUAUUCAGGAUUUGAGCAAGUUGUCUAUCAAUUUGGUAUUAAGAACAAGGAUGUAAUAAAAAAACCUUUCCUGGCCAACAUCUUGCAUCUUCAAAUAGAUGCUAUUAAUGAAAAUAUGUACUGGAUUGACCCCCUGAGAAAAGCAAUCAUGGUUCAAAGCUUAACAACUGGCUUCACUAGGGUUAUUUUUGAACAUCUGAUAAAUCCUAGGGCUCUAGUAUUCUGUAAUAAAAGGCAAGAGCUAUACUUCCUAGAAGAGUCAAAGCUUGUUUCUGCCUUUCCUCAUGGCAAGCAAAGUUACAUUGUAAGUGAUAAUAUUCCCAAAUCCGUCCACCUAAUGGUCUAUCAGGAGGCUAAUGAUACCCUGAUUUUGGGAGAUAACACGGCUAAGACAGUUCACCUAUUCAAUCUUGCUACUCGUGAUUUAUCCAUUUUCUUGUCUGGGAUAACCAGUUUGGUCAGUAUGGCAGUUUUUGAUGGAUACUUGUAUUGGACUCAACUAACAGGCUAUGAUCUUUUCUGGGUGAGAUUUGACAGGUCAGCAACACUAUCAACAGUGGCUUGGAUGUCAUUGUCUGAAAUAUCUCUCUCCCCUAAGAAUCUUGUCCAUCUAUCUGUCUCCUUGAAUAACUCUGAUCUGUACAAGAAUGUCAGUUACCCCUGUACCAUUGCUGGAUGUGAACAACUUUGCUUUGUGAUCAAUGGAAAGGCAAAGUGUAGUUGUGAAACAGGGCAUGAGCUCACAUCUGAUUUGAAAACUUGUCAGACAAAUUGUCCUGGUGGGAUGUUUCCUUGUGGUGACUCCAAAAACAGAUGUGUGCACAAGUCCUGGGUGUGUGAUGGUUCCAUUGACUGUCUUAAUGGGAUGGAUGAGAAUAAUUGCACUCAAACAACUACCUGCAAUUCAGAUGAUCUAUUUACGUGUUCAGAUGGAUCAUGCAUUGAUAAGUCCUGGAAGUGUGAUAUGGACAGUGACUGUAAUGAUGGUUCAGAUGAGAUAGAUUGUCCUCCAUUAACAUGUGAUCAGGAAUUCAACAUGCUCUGUGAUGAUGGAAAGAAAUGUGUACUGAAAUUAUGGAAGUGUGACGGCGUAAACGAUUGUGCAGAUGGAUCUGAUGAAAAAAAUUGCACUGGUUUGACAUGUGGCCCUGGUAAAUUUUCUUGUCAGAAUGGUAUAAAAUGUAUUCAGGAAGGUUGGGUAUGUGACGGAAGAAGGGAUUGUGAGGAUGGCAGUGAUGAAGAAAAAUGCCCAGCUCUGUCUGGUAAUUGUCAAGAUGGACAUUUUAAGUGUGACAACCAAGCCUGUAUAUCUAUGGAUCUGGUUUGUGAUAAAGAGAAUGAUUGUGGAGAUGAAAGUGAUGAAGAACCUGGGUUCUGUGAUUACAAAGAAGAAGUUGUUGUAAAACCAAACUGUGAUGGGUUUCUCUGUGGUUCCCAGUGUCUUCCAAUAAGGAGUAGAUGUAAUGGUACAGUUGAGUGCCUGGAUGAAUCAGAUGAAGAAAACUGUGAUAUCUGUACAAGUGAUACCUGGCGUUGUCAUGAUGGACUGAAAUGUAUCAGUAAAGAGUGGAGGUGUGACCGUGAUGUUGAUUGUAAUGAUGGUAGUGAUGAACAAGAUUGUGGAAUAUCAAUCUCAUCAUCUUGCCUGGAGUCACAGUUCAAAUGCAACACUGGAGAUUGUAUUGAUCUAUCCAAUGCUUGUGAUGGAUAUCCACACUGUGAUGAUGGAAGUGAUGAAUCUGAAUCUCAGUGCAAGGUUUGUGAGACUAAGAACGGAGAUUGUCCUCAUGUCUGUCAUCCCACCCCACAUGGAGCUGUUUGUACAUGUUCGCCAGGAUUCCUUGCUAAAGUGGUGAAUGGAACUGUUAUCUGUGAGGAUGUGAAUGAAUGUGACUCUACUUCCUCUUGUCCUCAGCUGUGCUUGAAUACCAAGGGUGGGUAUAAAUGCAUGUGCAAGAUGGGGUUCAUUCAAGAGGCAGGGGGGAAAACCUGCAGAGCUCUGGGCCCUCCAGCAUUGAUGUUUUAUAUAACUGAAUCUAAAAUAAAGGCUAUGGAUUUAACUUCAAGAAGUCACCGACUGAUAUCAACCUAUCCGGGAUUUGUUAAAUCAUUUGAUGUAAAUCAGAAAACUGGAGAAAUAUUCGCCUCUAUUCCCUCCAGAGGAGUUAUAACUUUGACCAAGAUAAGUAAUGAAGUCUCUGGAUCUGCUACAAAGAGAAGUGUCAAUGAAGCUUGGCUCAAGAAUAUUGAAAGGCCGGAUCAAAUUGCCAUUGACUGGGUGACAAGAAAUGUUUUUUACACCCAACAAGCCAAGAGUUCUAUAGCUGUAUGUACAUACAACAAGAACUGUACAACAUUACUAAAUGCCCCUGAACCACAUAUAACUAGAAUUGCUGUGGAUCCCACUGUAGGGAAACUUUUUGUGGCUGCCUACCGAAGUAAUUUCCUUUCCUUCCCUGUCGGAGGUAUCUGGAGCUACAGUCUCAACGGCAGCAGUAAAGGGAUCAACAAGCUCUCUGAUUCUAAGCUGAGUAUCCCUCUGGGACUAACUCUGGACAUUCAUGCUCGAAGAGUUUUCUGGACUGAUAGAAACCGUGGACUGAUAAUGUCGAACAAUUAUGCGGGUACAAAUCUGAGGGUUGUGUACUCACUGAACUCUAUCCCUACCUAUGUCACCAAUUUUGAGAAUAAAUUAUACUGGCUCACACCAAAUUCAAAAGAGGUUAACAGGUUUGACUUGAGUUCAUCUAGCGUGAGUGUUUCCCCCGUAUAUGGGUUUGUGACUGAAACCUCUCAUGGUAUUCUCAUCGUACAGGAGCAAGAACAACCUGCAAUUGCUAAUCCUUGUUUAAAAGCGGGAUGUUCUCACAUUUGUCUGCUAGGAGAAGGUUUGUCUACAUCUUGUGCUUGUCCUCCUGGUUUCAUGAAGCUGAAUACAAGUUCUCUUGAAUGCUUCCCCGAAGUCUCAUCAGUCUCUACUUCUUCAUUACCAACAACUUUCAGUGUCAUGUCUACAACAGACUAUGAGCUUGAAGAGCAGAGGACAAACUCAACUGAGGAUAUUAAAAAAGAACCCUUGCACUCCAGGAACACUGGAGUAGUGGCAGCUAUUGUGAUCAUCAUUGCUCUGCUGGUUCUUGGCAGUAUUCUUUUAUUUUCUUGGUUAAAAAUCAGGAGGAUGAAAAAACAGCCCGAGGACACCAUAGGAUUUUCCAACAGUAACUUUGGGGUCAUUGAUGAAGGAGCAUCCUGGAAUAAUAAUGCAAAGGAUGAGCCAAGUGUCCAGGUGGUUAAACGAGGAACUAUUGUGUCCUGUGAUAAUCCUCUCUAUUCAGAGUCGCCAAUAAAUACUUCGGGCUCAUCAAGGUCAAAACUUAGAUUCUUCAAAAACCGUGGCCAACCACAGAUGGCAUCAAUGGCGUUCUCUGUCUCGCCAAUCAUGGAUUUUAAUACAAUAAUGUCUGGAGCUGAGGGAGCUUCUACACCAAGUAUCCCAAGGAAGGAUACUAGUCAGCACCAGGAGGACAGUGCCUUCAAUGAACAAUCGGCUUCGAUUGAUUAUGAAGACUUAACUGAUCAACAUCUUAGUGUAGCCUUCCAUCAAGAUAAACUACCCCUGAUUGAUAAUCCUUAAUCAGUAAAUGAUCCUAACGAUUAAUUUGUGAUCAAAUGAAUUAAGUAUGAUAAAUUCUUGAUCAAUUUAUAGCCCAAUUCUAUAUUGACAGCUAAACAAAGAAUUCUGUCAAAAUUUUAAUAUUGUGAUUUUAUGAGAAAUUAUCUAUUUUAAUGUAACUAUUAGCAUAAAUUUUAUCCCUUUUAAUAGAUAUUAUUCAUCAGUAAACUAUCUAAUUCUGAAUGAAAAUGACUUAGUAAUUCCUUAUAUAAUGUGAUAUACAACUUCAAAUAAACUAUUCUAUUUAAAAAA